AUGCUUUCCCGGGACUUACCUGACGUUACGGCCGGUGCAGCGUGGUAUGAUAGUGGGUUGGAGGCUGGAAGUGUGAACAUGGGGGAAGAAAACGGAGAGGACGGCGACGACGUCGCGGCACUACUGCAGCGUGCGCGGCGUCUUGUCGAGAAUGCACAUCCUUCGGAAUCGGCGUCGUUGGAGGUGUUUCCUUGCGCGGGAAACUGCAGGGCGUGGGGGAAGCAGCAACAAGCCGGUGAGGAACGGUGGAAGCGGCUUCGUUAUCUUGAGUGGCUGAUGCAAUUCCUUGUGCGCCAGGAGGGUGUGAGGAAGGUGUUGCAGCAUCAUGCUGCGGAAUCGUGGCAGCUGGCGCAGGUGCCAGCAACAGGACCCACUGAAGCAUUUAACGAGGCUUUAGCUUCCGCGAGAGGUGGCGUCGACACAGGGGAGACCACAGGGUCUCGCAGCAGCUGCAUCGACUCGGUGACAGUCACUUAUCUGGAGACGAACAGGUUACAUGGCCCGUGCAGUGAGGCGGUGCCGCACUUUGAGUCCCCACAAACACUCAUGCCUAAUGAAGGUGUACAUGCCCUUGAAGCACAUGCCAACCACGCGGAAAAUAACAUAUUAAGGGCAGUUGCAUCUGCGUGUGACGAUGCGCAGGAGGUCAUUGGGACAACAUCUGAUGAGAUAGACUUUGCUCAACAACCCGAACUACAGGAAAAGAAGAAGGAAUGGCGUUUUUUCCGCACGUGGUACCCGCCGGAACUUUCUCUAUUGGCUAAUGUACCUCAGUCACACGGUACUGAGGCCUCUCCUACACCGCAUAUUUUGUGUCUCUCGACCGUCGUGCACGAGAAACCACGUGGAAUGAGGGCAAAGGAGGAGGCACUUGUGGCGCAGGGUCACUACUGUAAGAGCUGUCUUGGUCCGCUAAAGAAAUCUUACUUUCCUAUUCCUUCAUGGAAGGCGGCGAGGUUUUGUCACUACAUGGGUAUGUAUUACUGCCACAAUUGCCAUUCCAGACGAAAAAGUGUUAUACCAGCACGCAUUCUGCACUUCUGGGAUACAAGAUGCUUUUCUGUGUGCAACGAUGCUUUUGGCUUCUUGGAACUUCAGACGGAGCGACCCUUGUACUGUGUGUCUGCGGUGAAUCCGAGAUUGUACGAGCAUUCUGUCCUGCUCAAUGAGUUGCGGUACUUACGGAUACAAGUCAUGGCACUGCGGGAAGUGGGUGUGCAAUGUUCCGUGUUUCGCAGGCUUUUUUACCGCGAAGAUGGGACAAAGAAGUCCACAACAGGUGACCACUCACAGAAGUCUUCCUCGUUGCUGUCAGACACUAUGGUGGGCAAGUUCGAAAUGGGGUGUUUUGUCCCGCGAGAGAAGCGCUACCUGAUGGAAGACAGUGAGGUCUGGUCCUUGGAUGACCUUUUGGAGGUUCACCGCUGUUGCUCAGGUGGGCUCAACCACGAUGACGCGUCGUGGGACGUUCCGCUGCAGGUGCGAGCGGGUGGUCACGUUCACCCCGUGAUGGACUGCAGAGUAUUUAUGUAUCUUCGGCGGCUGCGAAUGCAGAUGACGAGCCACAUCUUUCGACGGCGCUGUGACGUAUGCUUACGAAAUAGCCUUGAUAUUUGUCGGUGGUGCUGCCCUUCUGGGAUGCUGGAUGUGUUUAGACGGUAUCGAAUGCAGGGGGUAUUGCAUCACCAACAAGGCGUUGAAGGCUCUCCCACAUUGUGCCCUGUAUUUCCUCCACCCCCUGUGGAUCAAGCUACGUCUUUACAUGAGCAUGCCGAGCUCUUCCUAUUUGUGGUGCACUCUUUUGACUUGCUUCACGUUCGCAGUUGCCCCCAAUGCGGGGCUUGCUACCACAAGCAAUGCUUUGAACUAAUGCAGUGCGGGUUGGCAGGUGGUAUGGGAUGUCUUCGUUGCCGAGGAAGUAGUGAUAUCACUGCGUUCGCGAAUGUUUCUGAACAUCUUUUAUCCGUCUACAAAGGGCAGCUCCAACCCGAAUGCCUUCGGGAAGGAGAACCUAUGUAA